AUGGAGGUGGACGAAGUGGGACCCCAGGAACCCAGUGGAGGUAUGGCAUGUGGAUGGACUGGAGCCCCAGGAACCCAUGUGGAGUGGCUGGGGGUAUGGAAGGGACUGGCCCCAGGAACCCAUGGAGGUAUGGGGAUGGAGGGAAGGGACUGGACUGGCUCAGGAACCCAUGGAUGGAAGGAUGGAUGUGGACCGGACUCCCCAGGAACCCAUGGAGGGAACAAGGAUGACCGACCCCAGGAAACCCAUGGAGGCAUGGAAGGAGGUGGACUGGACCCCAGGAACCAUGGAGGUCACUGGAACCCAUGGACGGAUGUGACUGGCCCCAGGAACCCAUGGAGGCAAUGGAAUGAAAGGACUGGACCAGGAAACCCAGUGGAGGAAUGGGCGGAGGGGACCGGAGCCCCAGGAACCCACAUGGAGGUAUGGAUGUGGGGACUGGCCCCAGGAACCCAGGAGGCAUGGGCGGAUGGAAGGGACCGACCCCAGGAAACCCAUGGAGGGAAGGACCGACACCCAGGAACCCAUGGAAAAGGAUGGACCGGAAGGAGGGACUGGACCCCAGGAACCGGAUGGAGGUACUGGGCUGGAUGGUGGAUGGAACCCACAUGA